GUUGGCCAUUGUCAAGGCGAACGCACGCGAGCAGCGCAACAAAAGCAAGGGAAAUAGCAGCAACAUCAGCCAAGAAGAACUCAAACUCCUCCGAGAGCAACUUAUAUAACGACUGAUUAGCCCAACGUUUACUUUAGUUAUUCGGUCAACUCUCGACGGUCAAGUUCGCAGCGAUCGCGACUUGCCUUCUGCAAACAAAAAUAAUCCACAAACCCGAACCGCGUUGCCAGGAAUUUGUAUCCGUGGCUUUGACAAGGAACAAGCUCAGUCAAGUGCAACAUUCAAUCCCCACCAAAUGUGUAAUGUGUGUAAUCAGCAAACAGUGAUCAUUUACAUACAUGAAUAAAACUCAUCUCGAAAGUGAAGCGUGACUCAGCAUCGAUAGCCCAAAACACCAGGAGAACAAGACAAUCCGAAAGGAAAGGAUACUUUUCGGUCACUUCUGAAACUCACGACGCCGCAUUCAAAGUCACAGUUACAGUUGCAGUUGCAAGUUGUUCUGGCCAAAUACAACGGCGACGGAAAGCCCGAACUGAGAGGAUUGAAGACACGAGAGCAAACAGUUAAGACAAAAUGUUUCUACGCCGCUGCACCUUUCUGCUGCUGAUCUGCCUAAUUGCGAGUGACGCCGCCAGCGCCGCACGCAAAACAAAGCGUCCUGUCAAGCCGGUCAAGCAGACCAAUCCGCGCACCAAUGUGACGCCCUCGCCGCCGGCAGUCGCCCCACCUGGCAGCUCCACUCCCGCCAGCGCCAACAGCCCCACCAGCAGCAGCACCACGGAAGGAAGCGGAGACCAGGAGGCAGCCACCCUGGGAUCUGGGGCUCCAGCUGGCCCCGCCGAGCUGCCCAAGCCCCUGGCCACGCCCAUCGAGUCUCAGCCGGAGGCCAAGACAGACAAGGCACCGGUCGUCCUCCAGGAGGAGGAGUGCGAUCCAGACAUGAUUGGAUUCGAGAUCAUUACCGGAUACGUGCUUUCGGCCCCCUCGAAAAUGCUGGACACUCUGCCGGGAACUCUGAUGCUCACCGACUGCCUGGAGGCCUGCCAAAAUAACGAGUCCUGCAGCGCUGUCAACUACGAAACCGGAUUGUGUGUGCUGUUCAAGACGACCGCCGAUAAAUUGCCAGGUUCACUUUCGCGCUCGCAGUUUCCGGUUUUCACCAUCUACGCACAGAAAUCGUGUUUGGGCGUCCGUCCUUGCUCGAAGGCCUGGUGCAUCGAUCGCGUUCAAGGUUACCGCCUCCCGGAGCACGUCAAAUCUAGUCAGACGGUUCUGUCGCGGCGCGACUGUUUGGAACUCUGCCUGGGCGAGACCGAGUUCACUUGCCGAUCGGCCAACUACUACCGCCACUCGGGACUCUGUGAGCUGUCCGACAUGGACCGCAUAACCCUUUCCGCGGGGGGCAGUGUGGAGCCCUACGACGGAGCCGACUACCUGGAGAACAACUGCGCCGAGGAGCCGAGCAAGCUGUGCGAGUUUAAGCGCAUUUCGGGCAAGAUCCUGAAGACUGUGGACUCGGUUUACCAGGACAUCAACACGAUCGAUGAGUGCCGCGACCUUUGCCUCAACUCUCCAUACAGGUGCCACUCGUACGAUUAUAACGACACUGGGGACAUGGUCUGCCGACUGUCGCACCACAGCCGCGCCACCCUGACCGACGUUAUGGAUCCCUACUUGGACGUUCCCGAGGCAGCCACCUACGAACUGUCCGCCUGCUACAACGUGUCCAUCGAGUGCCGUUCGGGGGAGAUGAUCACCAAGAUCCGCACCUCGAAGCUCUUCGACGGCAAGGUGUACGCGAAGGGCGCUCCCAAGUCCUGCGCCGUGAACGUGAACAACUCCCUGGAGUUCGACUUCCGCAUGGGCUACAACGACCUGGAGUGCAACGUGCGCCAGAGUGCGUACGGCAGGUACAUGAACGACAUUGUGAUCCAGCACCACGACAUGAUCGUCACCUCCUCGGAUCUCGGAUUAGCCGUGUCCUGCCAGUACGACCUGACCAACAAGACUGUGCUGAACGACGUGGACCUGGGCGUAACUGGGGAGAUCGAGUCCUCGCUGAGCGAAGAGAUCACCAUUGACUCGCCCAACGUGAUCAUGAAGAUCACCUCGCGGGAUGGCAGCGACAUGAAGAGGAUCGCCGAGGUCGGGGAUCCGCUGGCCCUGCGCUUCGAGAUCGUGGAGCCCAACAGCCCGUACGAGAUCUUCGUGAGGGAGCUGGUCGCCAUGGACGGCUCGGACAGCGCCGAGAUAACGCUGAUCGAUGCUAAUGGCUGCCCCACCGACCAAUACAUCAUGGGCACCAUCCAGAAGCUGGCGCACAACCGCAAGGUGCUGCUCUCGCAGUUCGACGCCUUCAAGUUCCCCUCCAGCGAAGUGGUGCAGUUCCGCGCCCUGGUAACGCCCUGCAUUCCGCGCUGCGAACCCGUGAUUUGCGACAGCGAGGAUGGCGCCAGUGGAGAGCUCAAGUCCCUGGUCUCCUACGGACGCAAGAAGCGAUCGGUGCUGAAUGGAACUGACGGAGCUGAAUUCUCGCUCAGCACACGCCAUCGACGCGAUGUGGGCCCCGUGGAUGAUAACAUACUGCUCAUGCAGUCCAUACAAAUCACAGACAAGUUCGGCUUCCAGCCAGAGGACGGCACCACCACCCAUGGAAAUGACAGCGGCUCCGGUCCCCACGAGAAGGCCUAUGCGGGCGUGGUCCAGGACAAGCUCACUUGCCUUAAUGGCUACGGACUGAUCAUGGCCGGAGCCCUCUUCCUGCUGGCCCAGCUGAGCAUCUUCGGUAUCUGGAAGACCGUGCAGCGCCGAACCGGCAAGGAGCGCUACCUGUACCAGCACGAGCCCACGCCCACCAUCACCUACGGAGCGCCCACCAUGCUGUACGGCCCGCCACCGAACACCUCCGCCGGCUCCUCGUCCUCGGGAGCGUCCUACGGGGGCAGCGCCAAGGACACGCUGAGCAAACUGUACGACAGCGGCAUAAACGGGCGCUACGGACAGCAGUUCUAGGGGAGAUCUGGUGGCUCUCUCGCACUUAGCUGGGAACAAACGCAAUAUGCCUCGAAAGCUUCAAAAGAUUCGAUGAGACUUGAAUAGAAAAUAUUCGCCAAGCAGCGACAAACAUGAAAAUCAUUGAAAACCCUAGAUUAAUUCAAGCCUAGACUAAGCCUACGAAUAGUUUACACUUAGAGUACUGACUCAUUUUUUUUAACGAUACGAAUAUCAUUCAAGAAUGCGCGCUUUUAAAUGCCUUGGAAAUCGAGGUUCCAGCAUUUAUAAUCUGCGCAUUGCCGAGAACGAACGGAAAAUCAACCCGCUAAAUUCCAAUUAGUUAAGAGCUAAAAUCUCUCUAGCGAAUGUUAGGAUAAUUAUUUAUUAGUGAGAAAUCUGCUUCAAUGUCCUCGAGCGAAUUGCAUUUAUAAACUAUUAUACUAUUUAUUAUAAUCUAUAACGCUGCUCACAUUUUCCCACAAAGUUUGCCAAAUAAUUUUGUAUCAAAAUGUUUUGCGCCAGGCUUCUGUGCAAGGCGGCAUUUCAAAGUUUCCGAGGCGCCACGAGCGAAACCCUAACCGUAACUAUUUACGCAAGGCGGUGCUAAUUAUUAGAGGUUUCCGAGUGACUUAGCUUAAUCUCGAAGAGAGGAUUUGAAAAAGAAAAACAAAAAUUGAAUAAACGAAUUGUACUGAUUAAGUAAUGCAAUAAACUCUACGCCUAAAGAAAAUCAUAUAUAAAUAAAUGUCUAAAAAUAAA